CGUACACCACCGGCGCGAUGACAUCUCCAAGGAAAAGUCGCGGCGAGGGGGAGCCAGCCGGUGGGUUCGGGUUCUCCGUCGCCGGCGACCGCAAGCGCAAGCGUUUGGCCGAGUACCCCUGCGUGUCUCGCCUCAGACAGCGGCGGCUCAUCCUCUUCCUCUUUCGCCACGAUUUCGUCCAAACCCACGACGCAUUCAUGGGCGAGACGGCCGUGCUCAUCGACGUGAUGCACCUGCACCGUCUGGUGCUUCACGGCCAGUGGAGCGACGCCAUCAACUACCUCUCCCGCUUCCUGCCGCCCGGCCGUCCGCUCGGCGUCCACGGCCGCGCCCUCUUCCACUUCCUCCGCGUGCACAAGGCUAUCGACGACAUCGUCGCCGGCGGAAAGGAGGCCCUCUCCGUCACCGCUGCCGUCGCUCUCUGCUCGCACCGCUUCGUCACACGCAGCCCUGCCCUCGCCAAGCUCCGCGCCAUCUUCUCCUCCCUCGUCGAGUCCAAGACACUCAGGGAUUCGAUGGACAUUGCGCGCAUGAGGUGGGAGGCGUCCUCCAUUGUGGAUGACCUGCUUGAUCAAACGCCAGAGUUCAGAGACCAUAUGCGUCCGUGUCGCCGCGGGUCAAUGAAUCCCCAGAACGUGCUUCCCCUCGGCUUCGGCCACGCUAGUUUCCGUCCGAGACGCCACGUCAAGAAACAGGGCGACCAUGUCCCGGCGUCUGUGGUGGCUGGGAUUUAUCUUCAGAAGAGGAAGACGCUGCCUUCUUCGACUUCAACUGAUCACUCUAAGGGAUUAACUCGCGAAGCCUUAGUUAAGGCCAAGGAAUGGUUGGUGGACCUCGUUGAUAGAAGUGUGGAAGCUGGUAAGCCGCAUCAAGGGGAUCCAGUUCGAUCAGCAUGUAGCAAGGGCGCUCCUGGCUCACAGACUAAUUUUUGUACUGUCCCAACGUUGGCUGGAAAAUCUCGCAUCAGACUAUUGACCGAUCUUGUUAUAUUAAGAGAGGCAAAGGAAUGGAUAUUGUAUCUUACUGAGGAGCGUCUGGAAGCAUGGCCAGACGCGAGUCAAGGGUAUCCACUUCAGUAUCUGAGUAAACAAGGUGCUUUGGCUGAUCGACUCUCAAAGACUACAACUGGUGCCUUCACAUGGCCUACUAUCGGAAGUUCUGGAAUCUCGUCAAACGCAGAAGCAGGCAAUGGCAAUCUUUCGACCCAAUGAGGCUGUCACCGGACGCCAUAGAUGCUCCUCUGAUCAACUAAGGAUGGACUUCAUACCAGAUCUAUUCCGGUCUUUCUAGCCUGUAGGGAUCUAGUAUCUCUUAGUAGAGUCUAUAUAUUCAUCAUGUAGCCAUGUAACUACUGCUAAAUUGGUGAGAAGAGAAAACAUGUGCUAUGUAUACUGAAUUCGUUGUGCUUGCCUUACUUUAGUUUACGUCUAUGCAUGUUCUUUUGGAUUUGUGAGUUGGAAACAAACUUUUUGGUUUAGAUAUUUUGGUGCUAGUUUCUGUGCUGCAAUCUAUUUUUAAAUCUCGAGAGAGAGAAACAUAAACAGAUCAAAAAUUGCUUUUGCAUGU